AUGAAACUGGAAAAAAGUUUGAGAAAACAGCGUGUUUUCCGAGACAGAACCAUCCAACUAGAAACUCUGACUGACUUAGAACUCAUAUCCCGGUAUAGACUCACACGCGAAGCUAUUUUCUGCCUUGUGGACAAAGUUCGCCCAAUGGUCGAAAGACCGACACAGCGUUCCCACGCUAUGACAGUCGAAUCACAAGUCCUCUUAACUUUGAGAUAUCUGGGAAAAGGAGGAUUUCUUUCUGAAAUUGGAGAUUUACAUGGUCUGGACAAAUCCAGUGUUUCUCGGGGCUUCCAUUGCACGGUGAAUGCAAUAUGUACGGUGUUAGACAAUAUUACUUUUCCCUGGAGUCUAGAACAGCAAACUAAAGUUAAACAAGAUUUCUACCGAGUCGGUCAUUUCCCCAAAGUUCUCGGCGCUGUAGACGGAACACUUAUUCCAAUCAAACGACCUUCACCAAACGAGGAAGCCGCCUACGUAUGCCGCAAGGGAUACCAUGCAAUCAAUGUGCAAGCGAUAUGCGACAGUUCUCUCCGUUUUACCAACGUGGUUGCCAAGUGGCCUGGUUCAACUCAUGACUCCCUGAUAUGGAGUAACAGUCAAGUUGGCAUGAAGAUGGAAGAAACUGCACCUGAUGGCUGGCUACUUGGCGAUUCAGGAUAUGCAUGCAGACCUUGGAUGCUGACCCCCUUAGCAGAUCCUCAGACAAAGCCAGAACAGAGGUACAAUGCAGCCCAUAUCAGGACAAGGAACACAGUUGAAAGGGCAUUUGGAGUGUUAAAGUCAAGAUUCAGAUGUCUCCAUAAGUCUACUGGAUGUUUAUGGUUCAGUCCACAAAGAUGUGUGGCUGUAAUCAUGGCUGCUUUCAAGCUGCACAACUUCUGCAUAGACAAAAAUAUUGCACCACCACCAGAGGACACUGACAUGGAAGUUGAUCAUGCUACUGGGGAAAACUGUCCUGUCUCUAGCCAGGAUGGAUGUUCAACAAGGAGGAAGCUGAUUGCAGAGAGAUUUACAUAGACUGUUCAGCCAUAGAGGUAGCCUCAUCACCAUUGAUGGUUCCAUACAUUGAUAUAGGACCUGCAAGGAAUUAAAGGACUUAAAGUUCUGUCAAUACACAUUAUCAGUCAGAGGUACUGGAGCUGGACCACCUCCGGUUUUGGAUGAUUCUUUUCUGACAUCCAUGGCUCUUCUUUUCACCUGAGAUCUGUAAAUUAAUCAUGUGAAAAUUAGUUAUUUCCUGACAUAUCCAAUUCACAUUGUAAAUAAAAAGCUUAUUUUUAUGUUUUCAAAUACUA